AUGUCAGCACAGUCAGCCCAGACUGCCAGCGCCAAGCUGCUGGCUAUCAAGUGGCAGCGCCCACACCUCUCCAUCCUCAACCAGCUGCUGCUGCCGCACGCCAGCGAGUACAUUGACAUCAAAACGAGCGCCGACGGGCACCACGCGAUCGUUAGCAUGCAGACGCGCGGGGCACCGGCCAUCGCCAUCGUUGCGGCACUCUCCCUGGCGGCCGAGGUCAGCCAGCAGCAGUUCGACACGGCGCAGCAGGCGUACGACUUUAUCAUGGGCAAGCUGGACUACCUAGCGACUUCCCGCCCAACGGCAGUCAACCUGUUUGACGCCAUCACGAAGCUCAAGCGCGCGAUUAAGAUCAGCCUUGAUUCGCAAGAGGACGUGGCUGUGGCAUAUGUUGAUGCUGCCGAGGCUAUGCUGGCGACAGACGUGGCGGAUAACCAAAGCAUUGGGCUCCAGCGGGCGGUGGAUAAGAUCAAGGUUCUGACUCACUGCAAUACGGGCGCACUGGCUACGGCCGGCCAUGGCACGGCGCUGGGCAUUAUUCGGUCACUGUACCAGAAGCCCGAGAGCAUCCUCGAGCACGUGUACUUUGGCGAAACCAGGCCGUAUAAUCAGGGCGCGCGGCUGACUGCGUACGAGCUUUUGUGCGAGGAAAUCCCAUCCACUUUGGUGUGCGACUCGGCGGUUUCAGCGCUGCUGCGCAGCGACCCGACUAUUGUUGCUAUCAUUGUUGGCGCCGAUCGCCUGGCUAUCACGGCAAAGUUCCACGGCAGAGCCUUUAUUGUCGCUGCGCCGACCACCAGCAUUGAUUUGGCCGUGGCCAGCGGCAAGGGUAUUGUCAUUGAGGAGAGGGAUCCCAAUGAGAUCACCGCGGCGUCUGGAUUUGUGCAGACCUCGCUGGAGGCUGGCAAGCUCGUCAGAGAGACACUGUGCGUUGCGCCCAAGGGCACUGCUGCAUGGAACCCGAGCUUCGACGUGACCCCCGCUGAGCUUAUCACUGCGAUUGUCACUGAGAAGGGCGUGUUUGUCAAGGGCCAGGGUGCCACUGAGUACGACCUGGCUGCGUCCAUUUAA